GCUUCGGCAAUCUCGAUUGGCUCGCUGGAAAUCGGUACCUCUCUUUGUUUCCUCGUCUUUGGCCAUUCCAUUUGCAGAAAGGCUACCUGGACAGCGAGUCCUUGCCCAAUUCCUCAUAUCCUGAGGAGCCACCUUUGUUCUCGAAUCCGGCGCGACAAUAGAGCGCUUGUGCUCACGUAACACCCCCAAAGGAACGCUCAACGACUUCCGUAAGGGCCCUCCACCGCGACAAGACGCCAUCAAAGCCAGCAUAACAAGAAAGGAUCCUCUUGGGACCAAAGCCAGGGCCUGGUUCUUGAACGCGCCCACCUCGGGGGCUCGACGUCCUCGUGUCCAUAAAGCAAGGGCCCGAGAGACCAGGAGCCGAGUAACAACACGGCCAAAGAAACCAGCCUGUCGAUGGCCUGUGGCUGCUCCGACACUGUGAAUCUGACAAGCGGAAUUUUCAAAGGCCCAUCAACCCCGUGACACGCACAAAACCAGUUCCAGAGAGUUAGGAGCGGAUACAAUGUCGUAUCAGUACCCCUCGCCAACCACGCCACCACCGUAUGAUACAGGCUAUCCCAUUCCUUCGCAGCCCGCUGGAAUGGGCAUGAGAUCACCAAACGACCCAGUGAAAAGCGAAGCCGACCCGGCCCCUUUGCACUUCGACAAGCGCGAAUCACCAGAUUCGGGAAUGGUGGUAACAGCAGACCAAGCACAAGGGUCCGAUCCAGCGAACAUGGGCAUCGGUGCCGACAAGAAGAGAGGAAAGCUGAACUACCAUCGAGCAGGAACUGCAUGUACAAAUUGUCGAAAGCGUAAGAUAAGGUGUGUGCAGACGCGCGGCCCGAAAUGCGAGCAGUGUCAGCGACUUCACAAAGAAUGUGUCAUCACGGCUGUGGACCAGCAGAGCUCCAUGGAUGCCAGGAACAAGCCGAUGCCACGCGCAACUGGAGGCCACAGGCUUGCUUCGGCCGGCUCCUCACCAAGCAUGCAUCAUCAUGUAGCCAUGCCUAUGCCCCCGAUGCAGAACAUGGGUCUCGCGGACGCGCCAGACAUGAAAAUGCCCCCCGGAGGGCCAAUGAACCGCGCAUACCCCGAGUACGGAAACCCGGGGAUCACGAGCGCAUGGCAGCCUUACAGCCAGGCACCACCAGUGGUGCCGAGCUUCUCGUCGCCUUACCAACGUGCUACCCCUCCUCCUGGAGCAUGGCCUGCUCCGCCUGUCCCUGGGGACGCUUCGGGGAGGGACCAGAUGCAGUGGAAUUCGUACCCUGCUCCGAACCAGCCAUUCGCGGCCAUGUCGCAGAUGACGGCCGACGCCUACGGCCGAAAAACGCCCAACCCGAUGUCCCCGACAGAGAUGUACCCUACCGUUCCGAACAUGGGGUCGCCGCAAGUCGGACAAGCCGCCUCGAUGUCGCCCCCUGAGACCUCGUCCCAGGUGACCAGCUACGGUCAAUGGCAGCAGACCUACCCCCAGCCCACGAUGCACAGACCGGGAGGGGGCUUCGGAGGCUGGUAUGGGGAGGGCGACGGUACGGCCCCGCAGCCACCACCAGGCACCGCUCCUCACCAAGACUGGAACUGGAAUGUGCAUGGGAAGACGGAGCCGGGCGAGACGCGGACCUAGGUUCGGGGGCAUGCUCGGCCUCGUUCGCUGCGAAGGGGUCAAACGCGAACAUUUGCGCAGGCCCCAUCAAAGCCAGCACCGCCAGGCGUUGGUUACACGGCCGAGCCCUGGUGGGCAGUGAGCUGGACUCUGAACCAAGCCCGCCAGAUCAGGAUCCGGGCCAAUGCCGACCGGGGGACGGUUGAACGCAUCUGCUGCGCCGACCUCGCCAGUUGGCACCCGGGUCCUGGAGUGCUUCAAGGCACUGCUAGCCGGGAUGAUGUCGUCAACACUGGCGGAAGGAAAAGGACGAAAAGAGAAGACACUUCCAUAUUACCUCUUAGAUAUCGUCGGGGCUCUCAACCAGGGAAACCCGAGUCAACAGCAUCGGCAUGUUCAUACCAGGACGGAAGUUGUUGGGAGACUUGACAAAAAUAUAAAGUAUCAGCGAAGGAGGGGCGGGCAGAAGAAACGAGGUGGUGAAUUGCCAACAUCUAGAGAUGCGACAACUAGAAGAACAGCAAACAAAGAAGAGGCAUUGGGCCCACAGCGACCACCAACAUUUUUGGGUUUUUUUCUUUCUUCUUCUCUUCCUUCCCUGCUCCAUUAAAGAAGGACGUCUAGAAAAGGGUAAAUCUCGGCGGGAUGCACAGGGCAACAUGGGAACAGGGCAAGGACUAGGCCCUGCGGGGAUCGGCGCCAGGCGGGAUGGUCCAAACUUUAUUUGUGUGGGGAGGACGGGGGUGGGUGGGAAAGUGGGCUCGGGGAGUGACUGGGGCCCCGGGGAGAGGGACACACGGGCAUUUUGGUUUC